AAGAUUAAGCAGCAUACUAUUGACCUACUAGCUCGUCCUUCAAUUUCUCACCUUCCUUCUUAGAAAGACUAGUAACAACCAUGGUCGGGUGGUAACACAGGCGGUAAAUUAGACAAAUGCCUCAUUAAAAAUUUUUCUUGGAUGGAUGACGAGAUCAAGACAAAGCUUAUUCAACAUGAAGAAGAGGAGGAAGGUGACUUAAAACAAAGGAUAUGGGAUGAAUCCAAAAAGAUAUGGAGGGUUGCAUUGCCAAGUGUGAUAUCAAGGGUUUGUGCAUUCGGAACUCUUGUUGUCACCCAGUCGUUUAUGGGACAUAUCAGUGAAGUCGAUCUAGCUGGCUAUGCACUCGUUCAGACGCUUAGCGUCCGAUUUGUUAAUGGAAUACUUUUAGGGAUGUCAAGUGCAACCGAAACACUUUGUGGACAAGCAUUUGGAGCCGGACAACACCAUAUGAUGGGCAUAUACUUGCAACGAUCAUGGAUCGUUGACUUGGUUACUUUGACAAUUUUGCUCCCAAUCUUUGUUUUUGGAACCCAAAUUUUCAAACUUGUUGGUCAAGAGAAAUCAAUAGCAAACAGUGGCGGUUAUAUAUCAUUAUGGUUCAUUCCUUUUGUCUACAACUAUAUUUUCAGCUUGACUAUACAAAUGUUUCUACAAGCACAGUUAAAGAACAUGAUUAUUGCAUGGCUUUCAGCUUCACAGUUCGUUAUCCAUAUACUUUUGUCACUGCUUUUUGUCUAUACACUAAACAUGGGGGUUUCGGGUGCAAUGAUUGCGCUAUCUAUGUCAUCUUGGUUUCUUGUGAUUGGCGAAUUUAUUUACAUUUUUGGAGGAUGGUGUCCUAGUUCAUGGAAAGGAUUCACUAUUACUGCUUUUAAGGAUCUUGUUCCUAUGGUGAAGCUCUCAGUUUCCUCUGGUGUGAUGCUCUGCUUGGAAUUAUGGUACUAUGCAGUUCUAGUCUUACUUGCUGGAUACAUGGCAGAUGCAGAGGUUGCAAUAUCUGCUUUCUCGAUUUGCCUGAACAUUAAUUCUUGGGAGUUUAUGAUAAGCCUCGGUUUCUUAGGAGGUGCCUGUGUUCGGGUGGCGAACGAAUUAGGCAGAGGAAAUGCAAAAGCGGUGAAGUUUGCGAUAAAAGUCUUAUUGUGGACUUCCAUUGCCAUAGGCGUGUUCUUCUUUGUUCUUUGUUUAGUGUUCAGGAAAAAACUUGUAUACUUGUUUACGGAUGAUGAUCGAGUUGCUGAAACAGUAUCAGAUCUUACUUUACUGCUCUCUUUUUCAGUGUUGUUGAAUAGCAUUUAUCCCGUUCUCUCAGGGGUGGCGAUUGGAGCUGGUAUGCAGGGAACAGUAGCAGUCGUAAACCUUAUUUGCUUUUACGUGAUCGGUAUUCCAUUGGGAGCUUUGCUUGGCUACUUUACAUCUCUGGAAGUAAAAGGUAUAUGGAUUGGAAUGAUAGGGGGUGUUCUAACGCAAACAAUUGCAGUUAUGUAUAUGGUUUGGAGAACUGACUGGGAUCAUGAGGUCAAAAAGGCUUCAGAACGUCUCGCUCAAUUUUACUUGACGUCAAAUGAAAAUCCCAAUCGGGGAUUACUAACGAAUCACGAUUGACAAAGCAAGCAACCAUCAGUCCUCUUUUUAUUUAUUUUUUUGGUUUAAAUCUUUAAGUUUGAGUUAUAGUUCAUGAAAUUUUAUUGAAUUUUAAGUUCAGUAUACCUAAAAUUGGCAAUUAUCAAUUCGGAUUAGGAAAAUUUAAAACCGUUGUAAUGUCAUAAAUCGAAGCAUAUAUACAUAUUAUGUAAACUAAAUUUUGGUUCAA